UUGCUGCCGUUCUUCUGGCGGUCGCCCCUUGCCUGGUUUCUUACCCACGCGAGGGGGUGUGCGUACCCCCGGUCUCGAUCGCGCGCUCAGCACCUCUUCCCCGUUGGCGGCCUCCUCACGAUGGCGGGCAUCUUGUUUGAGGAUAUUUUCGAUGUGAAAGACAUUGACCCAGAGGGCAAGAAAUUUGACCGAGUGUCCCGACUACAUUGUGAGAGUGAAUCAUUCAAGAUGGACCUCAUCUUAGAUGUAAACAUUCAGAUUUACCCCGUAGACUUGGGUGACAAGUUCCGGUUGGUCAUAGCCAGUACCUUGUAUGAGGAUGGGACGCUGGAUGACGGUGAAUACAAUCCCACAGAUGACCGGCCUUCCAGGGCUGACCAGUUUGAGUACGUCAUGUAUGGGAAAGUGUAUAGGAUCGAGGGCGAUGAAACUUCCACUGAAGCGGCAACGCGCCUCUCUGCCUACGUCUCCUAUGGAGGCCUGCUCAUGCGGCUGCAGGGAGAUGCCAAUAACCUGCACGGAUUUGAGGUGGAUUCCAGAGUGUACCUGCUGAUGAAGAAACUGGCCUUCUGAACCACCUGGGGCGCCAGUCGUGCUGCUGAGUCACUCAGGUCACGGACAUCCUGUCCCAAACUCCCAGCCAACUUGUCCUGUUGAGGGUGUCACCAUCCAGACAACUUCCCCCAAGCCUGAGUAGCAGUUGCUGUUGCUCACCUGUUAAGGAGAGACUGGCUCUCUGUCCCCUGCGGGCGUACCUGUUGGUGGGCUGAACUCAAUGGGAACUGGCUUGCCUUUGGAAGACCUAGUGGGAGAGCUUAAAAUGAAUCAGGAGUUGUUUUCUGAAUAGGAUUUUUUAAUUAAACUUUACUUUUUCAGGUUCCCUUCCUUUUUUUUUUUAAAAAAAAAACUAUUUCCUUUAAAAUCGUUUUUUUCCAUUUGUGUGUGGUAUAUUACGUUUCUGGCCCACAGCCUGAUGGUCACGUAUCAACGUAGAAUCUACCCCAGGGUUUUCUCGGUCUCCUGGUUGACCAGUUCCACCAUUUAUCCUCCAGUGUGGCUUUCUCUCAGGGAGAGAAUGUUGUUGGGCUUCUGGCUCCUGAGGGCACCCCGGGCCCGGAAGAUCCCACCCAUCUGGCACAGACUUUUGAAUUGGCAAGGAGCCCUGUUUAUGGCCUUCCAACACUCUGAGUCUCUUAGGGAGUCGGUUCACGUUGGCUUGAAUGAGUCACUUGGAUAGCCUGGAAAUGUUCGGGAUUUUUAUGGAAUCUUUGGGUGGAGGCUUUUAGACACAGGCAUGGACCACGUCUAUCUAAGUAGGAGAGGACUUGGUUAUGGAAGCAGGUGGAAGAGCCAUCUGCUCUCCAUUCUGGUGGUGGCCUGGGAUGGAGAGUAAGUGAUGGUGGUUCUUACCGGUGACACUGAACAGGGAGCUGCUGCACAGACCAGCGGAGUGGACGGGGCAACAAUACCAACGAGGCUGGCAGUCCAGUGACAGUGCCCGGGACAGUGCAGCUCCUGCCUGCAGCCGCGGGCCUGUGAGUCGGGGAAGGGAAAGCUGAGGAAAGGGUGGUGCUCGCCAGGACUCCAGCAUACGAUCUGACUCUUCAGUCUGGAGCUAAUGGUCUUUGAGAAAGUAUACGAGACUCUGUUUU